UGUCAUGUGACCUCAAUGUUGACGUACACUGCGGGACAUUGGCGCGGUUUAAUAUAAACCUAGCAGCAGUUUGUGCGUUGGCUUUUUCAUUUUUAUUCGAAACAAUGUCUAUCCAUCAAAAAUACGGAUACGAAAACGAUUGCAAACCUGAAGAAAACAGGAACAAAGGCGCUUCAAGAUGGACCCAUUGUAGGAAACGCGGUGCAGAUGGUAAUCUGAGAAAAUGUCACGAGGUUGAAGAGCCUGGCAAAAGUUCACAGAGCUCACGCAGACAAGAAAGUUUCACAACCCCAGAGAGUGAGGGACCUGUGUCCAGAGUAAAAAACUGGGGAGAUGAGGUAGAGGCAGAGGAAAUGCGUUCAAAUGUCCGACGUGAUAUGCAUCGAUACAGAAGAAGAAUUCUUGAAGCAGAUUUUCCUCAAAGAGACAGAAAAAUCUCGUCUGGAAGUUCUGACUCCAGAGACUCGAGAGAUUCCAAAGAAUCUCCUGCUAAAGGUGACAUCGAGACGGAUGAGAACACUCUCAUAAGGAGACAAAAACAGAUUAAUUAUGGGAAAAACACUCUUGCAUAUGAUAGAUACAUUAAAGAAGUUCCCAAGCACAUGAGACAGCCCGGUGUUCAUCCAAAGACUCCAAACAAAUUCAAGAAAUACAGCCGACGCUCCUGGGACCAGCAGAUUAAACUGUGGCGGGUCAAACUUCACGCGUGGGAUCCUCCUGCAGAAGAGGGAAGCGACCUGCAGCAGAUGAUUCAUUUACAGGAACCCCUAAAAAGAUGAUGAAAAUUCACCAUACCAAAAU